UCUUCGUUUUCCCUUUCACUGGUUUUGCCCACCGGGGAAACUGAAAACCCUUCUCCCUAGUAUCGACAUUGAUUCAAAUUUCAAAUCUUGUGCAUCCAAUUUGGAUCCGUCUUUCGAUUUCUGAAGUCCCAUUCCGUUGCUGUUGAACUUAUUUCUUCCGGGUGCCGAGAAUUUUAGCUCUCAUGGCAUCGAAGAAGAAAGAAUCAGAAGGUAUAGCUUUGCUUUCGAUGUAUAAUGAUGAGGACGAUGAGAUGGAAGACGUCGAAGAACAACAAGAAGAAGGGGAUACUGAACUGCCGCAGCAGCAGGGCCAAGAAGAGGGAGGAGAAGAAGAUUAUGGAGGAGUUAGGGUUACAGAAGAAGAGUCAGUUGCGAACAGUGACAGAAUGAUUCUCAGUGAUUCUGCCAAUGAUUCGACGCCGCCGGUUGCUGAUGAAAAUUUGACGCCAGAUAAGCUCAAAUUUGGGUCAUCCACACCGCAACCGCCUCAGGUUUUGGUUUCAUCGUCGCCGAUGCUAUUACAAGCUGGGCAACUAGAUAAUCCUGGUAGGAGAAGGGGGACGCUUGCGAUAGUUGAUUACGGUCACGAUGAAGCCGCAAUGUCUCCUGAGGCUGAGGAUGGAGAAAUUGAAGAAUCUGGUCGUGUCACUUUUGGCGAUGAGCUUUUAGACACUAAUGGUGAUCUUGAUAGAACAUCUCCAGGAGCUGCAAGGGUUUCAACACCGAACAAUCUUGCCACUUCUCAAAUUUCUGAAUCACCACAUUCUGGUUCAAUGAACAAUGCGAUACCGGAAUCUGAAACUGCAAAAGUUGAGGAAACCGUUGAAGAAGAGAAAAAAGACAUUGAUCCCUUGGAUAAGUUUCUUCCUCCACCACCAAAAGAAAAAUGCUCAGAGGAGUUGCAAAGGAAAAUCAAUAAGUUUCUCGAGUAUAAGAGAGCUGGAAAAAGCUUCAAUGCAGAAGUACGCAAUAGGAAGGACUACCGGAAUCCAGAUUUCUUGUUACAUGCUGUGAGGUAUCAAGAUAUUGACCAGAUUGGGUCUUGCUUCAGUAAGGAUGUGUUUGACCCCCAUGGAUAUGAUAAAAGUGACUACUAUACUGAAAUAGUAGAGGCUGACAUGAAACGUGAGAUGGAGAGGAAGGAGCUGGAAAGGAAGAAAAGUCCGAAGAUGGAGUUUGUUUCAGGAGGAACCCAACCUAGUGCAGUUGUGACUGCUCCUAAAAUAAAUAUACCAUUUUCAGGUGUUUCAGCAGCUCCUGCAUCUGAUGCCAUUCCGAGGGGGGAUGGAAGACAAAACAAAAAAUCAAAAUGGGAUAAGGUAGAUGGUGACAGAAGAAACCCAUUAAUUUCUGGUGGGUCAGAUCCAGUUACUGCUCAUGCAGCUAUGCUAUCUGCUGCUAAUGUUGGCUCUGGAUACGUGGCUUUUGCGCAACAGAGACGGCGAGAGGCUGAAGAAAAAAGAUCCAGUGAGAGGAAGUUGGAUAGAAGAUCGUAAGAUCAAUGCAUUCUGUUCCAUAGUAUUAAGUUUCGAACCAUUAUUAAAUUAGUGGAUUCCCCUCCUAUGAGUAAACUUGAGGAAGUCGGAACCCUUUGAGAGGUACGUAGAUAUACAAAAAUCCAUGUCUGAUAACCAUCAAGUCAGUGAAAAAUUGACAAAUGAUCAUGUUAGAUGGGUUGGCCAAAAUGAGACAGCGAUGUAUUUGCCAUCCAGCUUCUGCCCUGUCCCUUUCCCCACGCCCCUCGAUCUUCAACCCUGCAAACAGCCAAAAUUCCAAGCAAUUAUAAGCCCCCACACAGGCCACACUCAGAUUUGAUUUUGGGUGUGUCCUCACUUCAUCUUCCACGCUCUGGUUUUCUCUCACACACUCGGCACUACCAAACACCACCGAAUGCUUUAAAGUCAAUGCCACCAGCCUUUAAUUCUUCUCGAUGCAUGUUUGCCGAAAGUUACCUCUUUCCUAAAUAACCGCAAAAGAGAGAAGAAAAUAAAACCACAGACCCCACAACUUUGUUUGCCAUUUUGCUCUAAAUUAACCCAUUUCCAUUCGUUUAAUACAAGUUGUUUAUGUUUUUGAAGCAAAAUUAACCAAAAACUGUUGGGUUUGUGAAAAGAGUGCAAAUAAGGUUCCACGUUGGUUAGGAAAGUGAGUGAUUCAUGGUUUAUAAGGGAAGACAAUUAUUUCUAUUGGUACAGAGGCAUUUUGGGUGAAACUAAAGCAAAGUCGUGACAAUAUCAUACUAUUGUAGAGAUAUUUGGGAGAACGAAGAUACAGUUGUCCUCACCAAAAUCAAUGAUGAAAAGGGUAUGUUCUUCCAUAUUUGUAACAUCGGCAGGAAGGAGAUCCGGAAAGCAUCAGUCAUAGAGGUGGUUGUGGUUUGUAAUUAUAGCGUUGAGUCUCUAAUGUUUUGUUGUUGCAGAUUUUCAACACAAGUACGUGGGUCAGGUUGAAAAGGUAGGCAUUGGCACCCGAGAAUUGGUGCUUUUCCCUCCACUCGAGGAUAUGGGAUUCCUUUGGAUUGGAAGAUGAAGAAAACUGUUUCUUCUCCUAACUCUCAUCCCCUGAUUUGUGAGACCAAAAUACCCAUCUGGUGAAACUGGUUUUAUAUGUUUUUGCACCCUUUGCUUUUUCUGCACACAGUUGCUUUUGGAAUACAACACAACUUAUCUUCUUUUCAGAUGCAUGUGAGCCUAAACACUCGUCUCAUGGAUGAAUGUGAAAAGACUAGCUUUCGCCUAAGUUGAUACUUGGGAGAGGGUGAUGGAGUUUUCGGCACUUCCAUAAAAACUUGUAUUAAUUUUUCCUUUGUAUGGAUAAAAAAAGUGAUCAAAUCACCAUUUUAGUCUCUUUGGAUUUGAUCUCAAUUUCAAUUUCGUUUCUAUGAUUCUAAAAUAGUCAUUAAACUCUCU